AAACUAACCCGACCAAAAAGCGAUGAACCUACUGCCGAGUCUUGGUAGAAAGCAAUUUCCAUGAUAAAACUGUGAGCACGCAGCAACACAGACCUGAAAGUGGAGCAACAACUUAAAGACGGCAACAAUGAAGAAUAUACCUCUGAUUCUGAUGGGAUGUGGAGGCGUUGGACGACAGCUCCUCCAACACAUUGUCUCCUGCCGAUCUCUUCACGCUAAGAUGGGAGUCCAUUUGCGAGUGGUGGGAAUAUGUGACAGUAAAUCGAUGGUGGUUUCUUCGGACGUUUUGACAAGGGAGUUAAAUGAUAACUUCAUCUCCCAAGUUUGCCAAGUCAAGUCCCGUCGUUCUUCUCUCGCAACACUGGUUUCAUUUGGUGAAUGCCGAGUGUUCAUGGAUUCUGAGUUAAGAGGGAAAUUUUUAGACAUUGCUUCCCUUCUCAGUAAAGCAACAGGAUUGGUCUUUGUGGAUUGUUCUGCCAGUUCUGAGACUGUUGGAGUAUUAUCCCAAGUAGUGGAUUUAGGUUGUUGUAUUGUCCUUGCAAAUAAGAAGCCUCUUACUUCUACUAUGGAGGAUUAUGACAAAUUGGUCUCACAUCCACGCCGCAUUCGGCAUGAAUCAACAGUUGGUGCUGGCCUUCCUGUCGUAGCAUCUCUAAAUCGGAUGAUUUCAUCAGGAGACCCUGUCCAUCGAAUUGUUGGAAGUUUGAGUGGUACGUUGGGGUAUGUAAUGAGUGAGGUUGAAGAUGGGAAGCCACUAAGCCAAGUUGUUAAAGCUGCAAAAAAUCUAGGAUACACAGAACCAGAUCCACGUGAUGAUCUCAGUGGGAUGGAUGUUGCCAGGAAGGCUUUGAUUCUUGCUCGGCUGCUUGGGAGGAGGAUCAACAUGGAUAGUAUCAAAGUUGAAAGUUUGUACCCUGAUGAAAUGGGACCCCAUGUUAUGUCUGUUGAAGACUUUUUGAGCACUGGGCUUCCGUUUCUUGACAAAGAUAUUGGUGAGAGAGUUAGAAAGGCUUCUCUUAGUGGGAAUGUGCUUCGUUACGUCUGUUUGAUCGAGGGCUCAAGGGUUGAAGUUGGCAUUCAAGAGCUUCCAAAGGAUUCUCCUUUGGGAAGAUUAAGAGGAAGUGACAAUGUGUUGGAAAUAUACAGUCGAUGUUAUGGUGAACAACCAUUAGUUAUUCAAGGUGCUGGAGCCGGAAAUGAUACAACAGCCACUGGUGUGCUUGCUGAUAUACUUGAUAUUCAGGAUUUAUUUCCUUGAAAGAAAUUGUGCUCCAUAUGUUGAAGAAACUUGGAAUGGCAGUCGCUGGGUAUGCAGUUAGACAUGUGUACACAUUUGCAGAAAAAAAAAUCACAAGUUUAUCAAGAAAACUGCUAGUGUGGUGGCUUGCAUGAAGAAGUUUUGUGAUGGUAAAAGAUUUUGAAAUGCAGUUUACUAAAUGGUAUCGGCAAAUCUUUUUGCUAGGUAGCUGAGAAAGUCAGCUUAUUAUGUGUAAAAACUAGAUGUGGACAUUUUCAUCAGUGAUAUGAUUAAACUCAAUAAUACUUGAUAAAAUGAGAUAUGCACUGAAGGACGGGCUUUGGCAUUGCUGUUGUCCUGUUCAAGGUGGCAAGGGAUUUUUGGUGGGUCUUUAUGAUGUUUUCUGGUUCAUGAGAUAAAAGAAUAUUACUUACUUUAUGAGA